GCGUCUACACAGGCAGCAUCUACCGCGACCAGGGCUUGCUGAAGCAUGGAUUCCCGGGAGAGAGCGUGCACAACAGCACGGUGAUAGCGAUCAAGACGCACGAGUACGGACCGGAGACUCGCCGAAAGUACGCGCGAGCCGUCCUGCUCGUGCGUAACCCCUUCGACACGCUCCUCGCAGAGUUCAACCGCCAGUUCGGCGGUCACAUCGGAUACGCCGGACCGGAACGGUUUCAGCAGGACAACGAGAAAGGCUGGAACCGCUACGUGGCCGUCAGCUCGGAGACGUGGCUCACCUUCCAUCUCGACUGGCUCAAGUUCGACGGCGACCUGCACAUACUCUACUACGCGAACCUGAAGAACAAUCUUCUCGCCGAAGUGCAGAAUCUCGCGAGAUUUCUCGGCCACACGAUGGCGCCACAGAUCGCCGCCUGCACGGCGCGCAACUCGCGCGGCAGGUUCAAGCGAGAGAAGUACCAGCUUCCCUUCCUGCCGUUCACCGAACAGAUGAUUGCGGAUAUCGACCGCAAGAAGGCGCUCGUGGAGGAAGGCAUUCGAAAACACAUGAACGCCAGCGCCACCGUCGUGUUGUGAUAUACGAACAGCAGAGAAAACUACACAACGAGUGAAUCUGGGGCGAGCGCGCGCAUAGGUAGACGGAUCACGACGCUGGUAAAGAUCUAUGCGCGUAACCUAAGAAGGAUCUACGCACGUAACCUAGGAAGGAUCUACGCACGUAAUCUAGGAAGGAUCUACGCACGUAACCUAGAAAAGAUCUACGCACGUAACCUAGAAAGGAUCUACGCACGUAACCUAGGAAGGAUAUACACACUCAACCUAGGAAGGAUCUACGCACGUAACCUAGGAAGGAUCUACGCACGUAACCUAGGAAGGAAGGAUCUACGCACGUAACCUAGGAAAAAUCUACGCACGUAAUCUAGGAAGGAUCUACGCACGUAACCUAGGAAGAAAGCAUCUAUGCACGUAACCUAGGAAGGAUCUACGCACGUAACCUAAGAAGGAUCUACGAACGUAACCUAGGAAGGUUCUACGCACGUAACCUAGGAAUUAUCUACGCACGUAACCUAGGAAGGAUCUACGCACGUAACCUAGGAAAGAUCUACGUACGUAACUUAGGAAGGAUCUACGUACGUUACCUAGGAAGAAAGGAUCUACGCGCGUAACCUAGGAACGAUCUACGCACGUUACUUAAGAAGGAUCUACGUACGUAAUCUACGAACGAUCUACGCACGUAACCUAGGAGAGAUCUACACACUUAACCUAGGAAGGAUCUACGCACGUAACCUAGGAAGAAUCUACGUACGUUACCUAGGAAGAAAGGAUCUACGCGCGUAACCUAGGAACGAUCUACGUACGUUACUUAAGAA